AUGGUUAGAGGGCAGCCACAAGAGCCACUGCGCAAAGUUGUGUUUAACAUUUCGCAAAAUUUCAAGGUUCUCAAAAUUAUAGGCGAAGGUGCAUACGGGAUAGUCGCUUUGGUGGUUCAUUUACCAACGAAUACCAAAGUAGCAAUUAAAAAGAUUGAGCCAUUUGAGCGUCCGUUAUUUUGUUUGAGAACCUUACGCGAGAUAAAGUUGUUGCAAAAGUUCAACUCACAUGAAAAUAUCAUCAAAUUAUACGAUGUUCAAAGACCAACAAACUAUAGUUCAUUCAAUGAGGUGUAUUUGAUACAGGAAUAUAUGCCAGGGGAUUUGCAUCAAAUUAUUCAGACCCAUGCAUUGAGUGAUCAGCAUGUUCAGUUUUUCAUUUACCAAAUAGUUAAGGGUUUAAAAUUAAUUCACAGUGCCAAUGUUAUUCAUCGAGAUUUGAAACCAUCAAACAUCUUGGUUAAUGAAAAUUGUGACUUGAAGAUUUGUGAUUUUGGAUUGGCUAGACUUGAUUCCGUUGGAAUGCGUACAAACAAGAUUUCGUUAUUGACUGAAUAUGUGGCUACUAGAUGGUAUCGUGCACCUGAAAUUAUGCUAAAUGCAUCUCAUUACUCAACGGCAAUCGAUAUGUGGUCAGUUGGGUGCAUAUUGUUUGAGUUGUUGACGUAUAAGGCAGUGUUCCCAGGAUCGGACUACAUCAAUCAACUAACUUUGAUAUUUGAAUUGUUAGGCACACCAUCGGAAGAGGACUUAGGGGCCAUUAAAUCCAAGAGGGCAAGAGAGUUUAUCAAGUCAUUACCGGUCAGGUCCAAAAUCAAUUUCUACAAUUUCUGUACAAAUCAUCCAUGUCGGCGAAUCAGGCACCAAAAUCGAAACUUGGAAGUGAACCCACUAGCUAUAGAUUUAUUGGAAAAAUUGAUGGUGUUUGAUCCAAGCAAAAGAUUGACGACAAAAGAGGCUUUGAAACAUCCAUAUUUGAGUAGCUAUCAUGAUCCAUUGGAUGAACCGGUUACAUCGCCAAUUCCAGUGGAAGAAUUUGCUUUUGACAUUGAAAAGAAAGAUUUGAAUAUUGAAGAUCUCAAGAGAUUGAUUUACAAUCAAAUUAUGUCAGCUAAGAAAGUAACGAAUUAA